AUGGAGAAAUAUUUGAUAAAUUUGAAAAGAAAAGCUCCAUCAUCACCCCCAUCAUCAUCUCAGAAGGUCCUUGUCAACCUCGUGGUCUUUGCUCAUCAGCUUCAGUUAGUUGUUGUGGCAGUUGCUAAGAAGCAUUUUGAUGUUGGAGACUUCUUUGAUAUGAUUUCUCUGCUGUUAAAUGUAGUGGGAGCUUCAUGUAAAAGGAAAGAUGCAUUCAGAGAAAAUCACAAAAAAACGAUUGAGAAAGAAGUUAAUGAUGGUGAACGUAAGACUGGAAAAGGGUUAAAUCAAGAUGUUUCUGUUCAAAGACCAGGGAUGACUCGUUGGGGCUCUCACUAUAGGACUUUGCUGCGUGUGGUUGAGUGUUUUUCUUCUAUCGUUGAAGUGCUUAAGUGUGUUCAGAAUGAUGGCGCAGAUGACUCGAAAAGACGUCAAGCAUAUGGCCUCCUCAGUUAUGUGGACAGCUUUGAUUUUGUGUUCUACUUGCAAGUGAUGGUUCACCUUUUAGGAGUCACAAAUAGUUUGUCAUUGGCCCUUCAAAACAGAGAUCAAGAUAUUUUGAAUGCAAUGUCCUUAGUAGCAUCAACAAAAAGAGAGUUGCAGAAGUUUAGAGAUGAUGGAUGGAAUUCUCUUAUGAUUAAAGUUUCUUCUUUCUCUAAGAAACAUGGCAUUGAAAAGCUUGAUAUGAAGGAAGAUUUCCUUGACACAAAGAGACGAAGGAAAAAAACAGGAGUGACAAAUGAACAUCACUAUAAGGUUAAUUGCUUAUAUGCGAUUUUGGAUUUGCAGCUUCAAGAGUUCAACGAUCGCUUUAAUGAGGUGAACACUGAACUACUUAUUUGUGCUGCUUCUUUAUCUCCCAUCGAUUCGUUCUCCCAGUUUGACCAUUCAAAACUGAUGAGAUUAUCGACUUUCUACCCAUCUGACUUUAGUCAGGGAGAGUGCAUAUCUCUUGACCAACAGCUAGAUAUCUAUAUCGAUAACCUUCGAAAUGAUGAAAGGUUUACUCAUUUAGAAGAUCUUGGAGAACUUGCUCGUACUUUGGUGGAAACACGAAAGCAUUUGUCAUUCCCUUUGGUUUAUAGGCUUCUGAAGUUGAUUUUGAUUUUGCCGGUUGCCACUGCAACCGUUGAGAGAAGUUUUUCAGCUAUGAAGAUCGUGAAGACAGAUCGACGAAAUCGGAUUGGCGAUGAGUUUUUGAAUGAUUGUUUAAUUUGUUUUAUCGAAAAAGAUGUAUUUGAAAAAGUUACGAAUGAAGCUGUGAUGAAAAGAUUUCAGGAUAUGAAAGAUCGUAGAGUACUUUUAUAA